CGAAGUAUGUUUUUGUCAGUUUUGUCACUAUUGUGACAUGAUUUGAUGGAUUUCUUAUGUCUUUCUAAUUUGUGUGUUUCUGCGAAAGGGUUUUUGUCAGUGGUAGUACAGUAAUUAUUAUUAUGAAUAUCCGAAAUCGUAUCGGUAUAAUUUAUACAUUGUUAAGCUGUUUUGAACUUUUGGGACUGUAGACAGUAUGGCGCGUUCCACAUGGGCCUCUCGGGUACAGCAGUGAAUUGUGGUACUGGUGUAUUCGGGUUCAUCAGAAAUUAAUCUGCGGCGAUUCGUUCCUAUAUUGCCGAGUGUAUUAUUUGGUCGGGAAAGAAAUGUACUUCAGCAGAGCGCCUCAGAGAUCGCAGAAUACUCAUCCAUCACGCUCAGAUGAUCGCCGUGAACCACGACAUUCAUGGAACCAAUCUGCAUCGAACUCUACUCACCAGCAUCGACACAAUGCACCACAGCACAAUCAGCGUUCGCGUGGGCACUUUCCCCGCGGUGGCCAGCACCGCGGCUCCAACCAGCGUUACCAUCCGUACCAUGAGCGCUCCAAUCGGCCUACGGAGAACCCGCGUUACCAUCGGCCGCCGGACGACGGUCUGGGCCAAUACGCGGACCGCCGUCGCCAUGAAGAGCAAAGGGCAUUCACGGAGCAGCUGUUGAACAUUGACCCCGCCCCCCGGGCGGCAGCGGGCUGGGGACACGGUCAGUCCAGAGGGUGGUCGCAGGAACAGGCGUCGGGAUGGGGCGACAGCCACAUGCCCUCCAGAGCGGCCAUCCUCGGGGAUCCGCGCUCCUACCGUCGCAGUGCCUUCGAUUCCAGUGUGCGUUCGGCGGAAGAGAUUCGUCUGUCGGAGAUUGCGCGAUCGCGCCAGUCCAAUUUCGACUGGAGUCAGCCAUUCCCGGAAGCACUGCCGAUGAACCCCGUCAAUCCCCCGCAAAACACAGGCAGAGGUCCUGAUGUAGCCGCCCGUAUGCCGCCGGAACCAGUCGAUUUUGUGGAAGAAGCGUGGGGUUUGGGAGUGCCCGAUACAGAAAACGUGCCAACCUCGUCCAAACCGGCUCCGGCGCCGAAACCUUUCCGUCAGCCUUGUCCUAGCAUUUUGGCAACGCGGAACACAGUUGAAGAAGUCCCGACUCGAAACGAGAUUAUUAAGCGGCAGGCUGAGAAGAAGCCGCUCGUUGAACACAUGCUGCAACGCCGGCGGAAAGAGACCAUCGCAGUGUCCGUUCCUCCACCAGUCGCACCCACUCUCACGCCUGCCUCGGUAGCAGCGCCGGUGGUGCCGGCUGUUGAGGAGUUGCCAGUACCGGCAGUGGAUGUACCGACAACUAAACAACGAGCAGUGGAAGAAUAUGAAUCCUUGACAGAUUUAUCUAAAGCGACACUGCUACCUUUGGCGUUGAAUCGCCGAUUUCUUUCCACUCUUUUGAAGUCGUUCCCAAGCGUUGCGGAAACCAUAGCGCGAUACGGCACAUUGAUCGUCAGUCUGGGACGAUUCGGACAGUUCCUUCAGUCUGAGAACGCGCUUCCCGCUUCUGUGGAACAGUUUACUCACUGCAAAGAGCUGUUGUAUGAUUGUGAGGAUUUGCGGACGUUGUUUCUCCGAGUAGCUUGUUUACGUCAGGGAAUCGCCAGUGAACGGCACCCGAUUAAUAAGUAUUACACGGAAGUGCUGCGACAGAACGAACUAACAUUUGUCUUAUUUCCCAUGAGCGAUGAUGCACGCUUCUUGGUUUGUCCGCCACGAACAACGAAUCGUGUAUUGCAUGGAUUGGGCAGAAUCGAUACCGAUACCGCGACCCCGAUCAGCGCACUCGUAAAAAAGCAUAAAGACAUUAUGCGAUGCUGGGCAGAGGGUACCAGAAAGGAUUCCUAUUCGUGUAGUGACAUGAUGAUGGCGUCGGUUAUGCGGAUACCGUCGGUUAUGCGCAGAAUUUGGAUGGACAAUUGUGAUGAACCUAUCCGUUUUUGUCAGGCUCAUCUUGCGGACUUUGUUGGGUGUAAGCUUUGUCCUGGUUGUUACAGUACCGAGGAAUAUUCGCACUCUGAUACGGCGGAGGAAGCCUAUGAACAUUCAGUUAUUAUUUGCUGCGGCAGAGAUAACAGUGGGUCGUUUCAUGUAUUCCACGAAACAUGCUUCGACGACAAAAUCUGUCCUCAUUGCGGCAAUACCGAAUUUACGACGCUAGAUACAGUUGCGGGUGAUGUGAAUUGGACGAAUUUGAAAAUUAUCGGCGGUCAGUUUUCAACCAACGAUGCUGCGACGUUGAUAGCGCAGGAGCGCUUUGAAUUGACCUCUAAUUUGCUUGAUAUGGACGCCGCUGAACUAGUAUGGCAGCCCCGUGAAUCACCACGCAUUUACCCGAAGAAGGACAUGCAGGAGACGGUGGAAGUGAUUGAAAAAGGACGCGGAUGGCAGCGACGCAGAGGACAUCGUAUCGUAUAUCAGAGACGUUUCAAGUCAUAUCCAUUGUUCAGGUUUUUUUGCCGCAAAAACGGUUUUACUGAAGCGCUGACAAGAGGGAGUUUUAAAAGAGUGACCCAAAAAUUUGAGCUACACCAAAAGUAUAAUUGUACUCUGCACGAAAAAUACCACUCAGCCCUGUUGGCUAUAUCAGAGCAGAAUGAGGAAUGUCUGUGUAGACCGGUUUGCGUAAGCGGGACCUGUCGGUGUGAAAACUGGAUGAAUAGUGAUUGCUAUUUCACGGAGGACGGAAGAUUGAUUCUUAAUCGCAGUAAUCCUCAUUUGUGGAUCAAGGAAUGUGGUGAAACUUGUCGAUGUGACGUGCGUUACUGUUUUAAUCGCCGCACACAGCAGCCACCCAAAGUGGAACUCAUUCAACGGUCGGGUGAGAAGGGCCGCUAUGUGAUUACACCGCAUCCUAUUCGUGAAGGAACAUUUCUGUGCAGGCUUUCAGGGACUCUUCAGGAAUUCAGUCCACCACUUCCUCGUAAAGGGGUCUUCAUUUAUCCUAAAUUCGGCAUAUGGCCGAAGCGUAAGAAAGUCGACUAUCGUGUGGGAUUGGAUGUGGAUUCCAUGUGUUUCCGUCAGUUGCAACAAGUACGGCGACUGAAUCCAGACGCGCAGCCAAACAUUGUGCCGAUGAUGGUUAUGGAGUGUCUUACGAUGCUGCAUACUGGCCUGCCACCUUCGUUAUCAUUUCCUGCAGUCGCCUUCUUUGCAUUGCGAGAUAUUGCUGCCGGAGAGGAAUUAAUCUAUGAUUGUGACUUCCGCAAUGUGGAUUAUGAGCCGCCGCUAAGUGACCGUGCACGGGCUGUGCUUGAACAGACGAAGCCAGUCAGCGUAAUGCACGACCUAUUUGGAUGGUCAGAAACAGAAGAGGCAAAUGAGGAAAAUCGUGAAGAUAUUGAUUUGGACUCGGAGUAGCCCUGCUGGUUUUUGGACAGAUUUGGCGGUCUGCUUUUGUCUUUGACCGCGUGUGAUUUGUGCAGUGCUGAAAUUCUAAAUUGGGGUUACGUCUUGUAUUUCAUAUUGAACUGCGUAUUGUACGUUUGCUGAAUUUAGAUUGAUUGAUUUUUGACCGCCGCCCAUUUUUUUGUACAGAUAUCUAUUAAUUUACGAGAUGUUUAAAUGAUAAGAAUUUGUUACGCGAAGACGUUCGAGACGCA